AUGGUGAACCACCGACGCGCUUCUUCUUACAAUCCGACGACGGAGGAAGACAAUGCUAUGUUUCUUGAUAUACUGCAUGAAGCUCCUCUAUUCGGUCAUCGAGAAUCUAGAAGUCUUGUUGGAAGUUGCAUGUACCUUAUCAUAUUGGCAAGUUAUGCUGUUUUGGCAGCAGGAGCACCAUGGAUGCUUCAGCCUGUACAGUCACUUAUCCCAUCGCUGCUUUGCAGCUGCAAUGUUGCUCUGUUGAUGUUAACAGGAAUGUUUCAGCAAUAUUUUGUCAAUCAGGUCCAGAAAAUACGCUUGCAGGGUUAUUACAGUUUCAGUCAGAAAUUGAAACAUGUAGUUCGUCUGCCAUUUGCCAUCAUGGCAUAUGGAACUGCAUCUAUGCUGCUGUUCAUGGUGUGGAGACCAUAUGUCACUGUUGUUCCCAUUUUAACUGUGCAGAGGUUCAUCAUGUCCGUUGAAGCAAUUUCCGCGGCUUCUUUUAUGAUUGUAUUUGUUGGUUAUGUUCGCCAGUAUAACUCAGUGAACUCGCAGCCAGAUGUCUUGAAUUCAUUAUAUUCUCCCCUUCAACCGGCUGCUUUGGAAGGAUUGAGGUACCAUGAAGCUGGUCGCCUUUCUGAUCAGCAAAUGGCUCUACUUCAAUACCAGCGCGAGAAUCUGCAUUAUCUCAGCGAAGAGAGUGAGUGCCUGACCCUGUUUUUGCGUGUUCAGAUUCUGCGUUUGCAGGAGUCCUUAAGCAAAUAUGAAGAGUCUAAUGGUAGUAGCACUCCUCAGGUUGAUCUGGCACAUCUUGUGGCGACCCGUGAUCAGGAACUACGAACACUUUCUGCUGAGGUGGAUCAACUCCAUUCUGAGCUUAAUCUCGCUCGAUCUCUGAUCUCUGAGAGAGAUAGAGAGAUACAGCACGUCAGGAAUACCAAUAAUCAGUACGUGGCAGAGAAUGAGAGGUUAAGAGCUAUUCUGGGAGAAUGGAGUAUGCGUGCCGCAAAGCUUGAGCGAGCUCUGGAGGUGGAGAAGGUAUCAAAUCUUGAACUGAGGAAGAAAGUUUCAGCUGUGAGAGAGCAGAUGCAGAUGCAAUGA